AUGUCGACGAAGUUCGUUCAACAUCGGCUUGGCGGAUGGCUUCCCAACGAUCAGGCCGUUCUCGAAUCAUGGCUGGCGAAAAAGAUAGCCCAAGUCGACCACCCCAAGUGGCGUACCCAUCAGCCUCUGGCUCCCGUCAUACAAGACUUCCAAAGGUUCAUCGAAGAGGACCCGGUCGUUUACGUGGGCUUCCACGAGAUGUUCGAGCAAGUACCCCACAAGCCUCCUUACAAUAAAGACCCCACUGGCAAAUGCCAGGUCCGUGACUAUAAGCUGAUGCUGAAGCUUUUCGACCAAAUCAUUCGUGAAGCGCCCGCGUUCGAAGACAAUGACUUUGUUGGUUUCCCGAUCAAUGCCAUUUUAGAAUGGCCAAUGGGCACGGACGCUGGACUCAGAACCUUCGUCCUGCAGAAGGUUAACGAGCACUUCCACAAGAUGUUUGACGUCUGGUCCGCAUUCCUCUUGUCGGAGGAGUCAUGCUACGUCCUCACCAGCGAGGAUAACGGCUGGUUCGGACCUGGCGCUUCUAUCGCCAUCCCAGACUUUGCUGAGACCUUCAUCUGCAAUCCAGAGGCGCCACACUACGGCUUCACUUCCUGGGACGAAUUUUUCACUCGCCUAUUCCGCCCAGGAGUUCGCCCGUUCGCCCUUCCAGAACACGACAACGUCAUCAACAGUGCGUGCGAGUCGACUGUAUACAAGAUAGAGUACAACGUCAAGGAGCAUGACUGCUUCUGGCUCAAGGGCGAGCCGUACUCGCUCGAGCAUAUGUUGGGCGGUCACGAACUCGCCAGUCAGUUCGUCGGUGGUACAAUCUGCCAAGCUUACCUUAGCGCAACAAAAUACCAUCGUUGGCACAGCCCCGUCAACGGAUCAAUAAAGAAGAUUGUCCAGAUCCCGGGCACAUAUUACGCAGAAUCGCCCGCUAUGGGCUUCAGAGAUCCCAAUGGACCUGACCCUGUUGGAGCGAACGACUCGCAGGCAUUCAUCACCGCCGUCGCCGCGCGUGCGCUUGUGUUCAUCGAGGCGAACAAUCCGGACAUCGGGCUGAUGUGCUUUGUGGCUGUGGGGAUGGCGGAGGUGUCGACCUGUGAAGUGACCGUCAAGGAGGGUGAGAAGGUGGCAAAGGGGGACCAGAUUGGAAUGUUUCACUUCGGAGGAUCGACUCACUGCUUGAUCUUCCGUCCAGAGACCAAGCGACCGUCGAGUGAGGGUUAG